AUGCCUGUGAUGAAGGGAUUAUUAGCGCCGCAGAACACGUUUCUAGACACCAUAGCCACGCGCUUUGACGGCACUCACAGCAACUUCAUCCUGGCCAACGCCCAGGUAUCCCAAGGUUUCCCCAUUGUCUACUGCUCCGAUGGCUUCUGUGAGCUCACAGGCUUCUCACGGGCCGAGGUCAUGCAGAAGAGCUGCGCCUGUAAGUUUCUGUAUGGGCCCGAGACCAGCGACAGCGUCAUCCUCAGCGUGGACAACGCCCUGGAGGAGCGCAAGGAGUUCAAGGACGAGAUCAUGUUCUACAAGAAGAUGGCGGUGCAGUUCUGGUGCCUGUUGGAUAUCGUGCCCAUUAAGAACGAAAAGGGAGAUGUGGUUCUCUUCCUGGCUUCUUUCAAGGACAUCACCGACACUAAGGCCAAAGCCAUCCCAGAAGAAAAGAGAGACGAGCGGCGGUGGGGCAAAGUGAAAACGAGUUCUCCUUUCAGCUCAGCUCGACUGAGGAGCAGCACUGUCCUGUACCACAUCUCCGGCCACCUCCACAGCAGGGAGAAGAAGAGCAAGAUUAAACUCAACAAGAAUGUAUUUGGGGACCCUCCUGCUCUUCCAGAGUACAAGGUCGCAGAUGCCAAGAAAUCCAAAUUCAUCUUACUGCACUUCAGCACAUUCAAGGCCGGCUGGGAUUGGCUGAUUUUGCUGGCUACAUUUUACGUUGCCGUGACAGUGCCCUUCAAUGUCUGCUACAUUGGUAAUGAUGACCUGACCCGCAGCACUACCGCCAGCGAUGUUGCUGUUGAGAUCCUGUUUAUCAUAGACAUUGUAUUCAGUUUCCGCACCACUUACGUCAGCAAGUCGGGCCAGGUGAUUUUUGAUGCUCGACAGAUCUGCUUCCACUACCUGACCACCUGGUUCAUAAUUGACCUGAUAGCCGCGCUGCCCUUUGACCUGCUGUACGCCUUCAAAGUCAGCGUGCUCUCCGUGGUCCACCUGCUGAAGACGGUACGCCUGCUCCGUCUGCUGCGGCUGCUCCAGAAGAUGGACCGCUUCUCGCAGCACAGCGCCGUGGUGCUGACCCUGCUCAUGUCCAUGUUUGCCUUGCUGGCCCAUUGGAUGGCCUGCAUCUGGUACGUCAUUGGCAAGGAGGAGAUGGAGGCCAACUCUUACUCCUGGGAAAUCGGAUGGCUCCAUGAGCUGGGAAAGCGUCUAGAAUCUCCCUUUGAUCCCCUGGGGAGUGUGAAUGGGACAAGCAGUGGACCCUCCAUCCGCAGUAUCUACAUUGCCUCGCUUUACUUUGCCCUCAGCAGCCUGACUAGUGUGGGAUUUGGCAACGUGUCAGCUAACACAGAUGCAGAGAAGAUCUUCUCCAUCUGCACCAUGCUGAUAGGAGCAUUGAUGCACGCGCUAGUCUUUGGUAAUGUGACGGCCAUCAUCCAGAGGAUGUACUCUCGCUGGUCCCAGUACCACACCAGAACCAAAGACCUCAAGGACUUCAUACGUGUCCACCACCUGCCCCAGAGCCUCAAGCAGCGCAUGUUAGAGUACUUUCAGACCACUUGGUCGGUCAACAAUGGCAUAGACUCCAAUGAGCUUCUGAAGGACUUCCCAGAUGAGCUGCGCUCUGACAUCACCAUGCACCUCAACAAGGAGAUCCUGGAGCUGUCACUCUUUUCCUCGGCCAGUCGCGGCUGUCUUCGCUCCCUCUCGCUGCACAUCAAGACCUCGUUCUGCGCCCCUGGCGAGUACCUCCUCCGGCAAGGAGACGCCCUCCAGGCCAUCUUCUUCGUUUGUUCGGGGUCCAUGGAGGUGCUCAAAGAUGGCAUGGUGUUGGCCAUACUGGGUAAAGGCGAUCUGAUUGGUGCUAACAUGUCCGUUGACGAUCGGGUGAUCAAGACCAACGCUGAUGUGAAGGCCUUGACCUACUGUGACCUGCAGUGCAUCAACCUGAAGGGCCUGUUUGAAGUGCUGGACCUCUAUCCCGAGUACUCCCAUCGCUUUGUGCAGGACAUCCAACAGGACCUGACGUACAACCUGAGGGAGGGACACGAGACGCAUGUCAAGUCCAGGUUGUCCACUACGACCCUGGACACCCAGUCUGAGGUAAGGGGCAAUGGACGAGCGAUUCAGGGCUAUCCAUCCAUCAUUCAGAGGAAAGGGCAGGAGGAGGACGAGGAGGAGGAAGAGGAGGAGGAGGAGGAAGAUGAGGCAGUGUCUGUGUCUUCCUCGUUGAAGCGGAGCCAGGUGGUGUACCUCAGGGAUGGCACCAGCGGGCACUCUUCACUGGGCCGGCCCGGCCAGAAGAACAAAACCACAGACCAGAAAACCAGGGGGUCCCGGAGGAAGAUGAAAAUCCAGCAGGCGACUCUUACGACGCUUGACCCUUCCAACCUCAGCCCCAGGAUAGUUGAUGGUACUGAAGAUAGUGAGGGGACAGAGAGCUCCCCUGCCUUCUCCUUUUCCCCCAACAGAGCUUGUCCUGUCAGUGGGACAACCACUGUCCCAAUCACUACCACAGAUAUGCUACAGAUAAGCACAGCGGAGUUAGCAGCUAAAGCGGAGGAGACCAGGGGACAGCUGCACCACCUUGACCAGGAGGUGAGCUCUCUGGGGAGGGAGGUGGCAGAGCUUGGACGGGUCAUGAGGAGUAUGGCCCACCUCCUGGAGAGCCUCAUGUCAUCGUUGCCCAAAACAGCAGUGGUCUGUCCCGCACACUGCUCCCCGGUACACCCCGCAUACCUGUCCCAACCCACGCCCCCACAGUCCUACCCCUCGCCCUCCUCCUCUCAGACUGGGCCUACCUGGACAGACACACUUUUCUCGUCUCCCUCCACAUGCAUGCUCAACCUGCAGCACAAUGAUCUCCAGUUGGGCCAUUCCACUUGUCUAGGCCCUGGCCUCAGACAGGCCCAGGCCCUGGCCCUGGCCCCCAACCCCUCAGCCCCCUACCCUCCACAUGCAACCCACCAGUUCCAGUCGGCCCUGUCCUCUUGCUCCUCCUCCCUCAUCACGGACACCACCGUAAAGUCUCACCCGUCCUCUGUGCCCCCCACCUCAUCAGGAGUCUCCUGCUGCACAGUGGAGGGUGCCGACUCCACGCAGCCUGGAGCGAAUGAUCCAGAGGUCUUCCCACCAGUUCCCCAGGAUGAGCGAGAAGGAGGCACCCCCACGUCUCAUCAUAGUUCUGGAGGUCUUCCAGUGAGCAGCCACCAUCAACACUGCCAUCAACCCGGUGGAUUGUAG